CACCAUCUUAAUACCAAACAGAGUAAACCGAAAAGAAUGGCGACCACGCCGGCUCCGGACGACUUCAGGAACCCCGGUGGCCAAGGCCGUGCUGUCUGCUGCGACCUCCGUGACGGCCACCUUGAUGGUGGUGCGGUCGGUGGUUCGACCGUUCAUCCCCCGCGAAUUCCAGGACUUACUCUCCUCUGGGAUCCGCAGCUUCUUGCUUCGCCUCCGCAACAAAAUGACCAUGGUCAUUGAACCGUACGAUGGGUACGCCCAAAACGAGCUCUUCAAGGCGGCCCAGGUUUUCCUGGCUGCCAAGCAAUCCGUUUCGGUACGGCGCGUGCGAGUGACCAAGUCCACGAAGGAGAGCCACUCCACUCUAGCUAUUAUUGACCGGAAUCAAAUGCUGGUGGAUACAUUUCACGGGGUCAAAUUGAAGUGGGUUUUGGUGUCGAGACAAGCCGGCUCGGGCAACCAAGUUCAUCAAGGCCGGAAAUCAGCGGCUGAACACGGGGAGCAAUACUUCGAGCUCACUUUUGACAAGAAACACAUGGAGAUCGUAGACAAAUCCUAUCUGCCUUUUGUCAUGGACGAGGCCAAGUCCAUAAAGCGGGAGAAGAAGACGUUGAAGCUAUACACUUCGAAAUGCAUCGGUUCGGGCUCGAGCGUGUGGUCCUCGGUGAACCUCGACCACCCAGCGACAUUCCAGACAUUGGCCAUGGACCUAGAGCUCAAGAAGAAGAUCCUUGACGAUCUCGAUAGGUUCGUGAGGAGGAAGGAGUACUACAGGAGAGUUGGCAAGGCGUGGAAAAGAGGAUACUUAUUGUACGGACCCCCUGGAACGGGGAAAUCGAGCUUGGUCGCCGCGAUGGCCAAUUACUUGAACUUCGACAUAUACGAUCUAGAACUGAGCGGGCUCCACAGCAAUGAAGGGCUGAGGAGGCUCCUCGUUGCCACCAAGGAUCAGUCCAUAUUGGUGGUUGAGGACAUUGAUUGCACCAUUCAAUUGCAAGAUAGGAAGUCGGAAACACAAGCCGCCUACAUGAAUCGGAUGCCGAUGGGUUAUCAGCAAAAAGAUCGAGUGACGUUGUCCGGAUUCCUCAACUUCAUAGGUGGGCUUUGGACGAGUUGUGGCAAUGAGCGGAUCAUUGUUUUUACAACGAACCACAUUGAGAAAUUAGACCCAGCCCUAUUGCGCCCGGGGCGCAUGGACUUGCACGUUCCCAUGUCAUAUUGCACCUCUUUUGGAUUUAAGCUUCUUGCUUCUAAUUAUCUUGGGAUCGAUCACCACGAGCUCUUCGACCAAAUUGAGAGUGCAAUCACAACGGCUAGAGUCACUCCGGCCAAAGUAGCGGAGCAGUUGAUGAGGUGCGAUGAACCAAAGGUCGCUCUUAGAGACAUGAUUUUGUUCCUUGUUAAUCACAAAAGGAAAGAAAAUGAAGAAGUCAUUGAGGAGAAAGCUGGUCAGUCCCAAUUGAUUGAAGAGAAUGGAGGGGGGUGAAGAAUUUGAAGAAUAAACAAUAAAUAUCGACUGUGUUGAUAUGUUUCCAUCGAUUUUAACUUAGAUUAUUAUAAAUAUCUCGAUUAUUAUGGAUUCAAUCAUUUGUGAUUGAUGGAAAGCUAUUGUAUCA